AUGGACAACAGAGCUUUAAAAAGCAUAUCAAGGAGUAGGGAACGGGAGCCAAACGUGCGGGACAAUGUGCCUGUGAAAGGUGUAAUACAUACUAUUGCAGGACGUCCCGAACAGGGAGAUUCGAGGCAAACUAGGAAAAGAUAUGAAAGAAUAAAUCAAAGGACUCAGUUAGUGAUGAACAUGGAGCCCGAGGAAGAAAUAGUAUUUGAAAAUAAAGACGCCGCGGAAAGGACCGGACCGCAAAAUGAUCCGAUGGUGAUCAAGAUGGACAUAGCCAAUUUCACUGUUCACAAACUGCUAGUAGACAAUGGGAGCUCGGCUGACAUCAUUUUUCGAGAUGUGUUAGUUAAGAUAAGGCUAGACAACUCCAAGCUAGAGCCUGUAAGGACACCGCUAGUAGGUUUUGGAGGUACUGAGGUAGAAUCAUUAGGGACUAUCGAUCUACCGGUGUCGCUGGGGGAAGAACUUAAGCGCAAGAUAUUGAUGGUCAAGUUUCUGGUGUUAGUGCCAAAGGCAUCUGGUAAAUGGCGCGUAUGCAUUGAUUUCACCAAUCUGAAAAAGACUUGCCCGAAGGAUCCUUACCCGCUGCAAAGAAUUGACGCUCUGGUAGACUUGACAACAGGAUACGAGUUGUUUUCCAUGAUGGAUGCUUACCAAGGUGCUACAUAUCAAAGGUUGGUGAAUAAGACGUUCAAGGAGCAGAUAGGGAAGUUGAUGGAGGUUUAUAUAGAUGAUAUGCUGGUGAAGAGCUCGAGGUCGCGCGACCACCUAUUGCAUCUCAAACAGGCCUUCACAAUAAUGAGAACCUUCAGGAUGAAGUUGAACCCAACCAAGUGCACCUUUGGGGUAGUUGGAGGCAAAUUCCUAAGGUAUAUGGUGAGUGAAAGAGGCAUUCAAGCCAACCCAGGAAUAAUAGAGGCGAUCUUGAAGCUAAAGUCGCCCACAAUGAUCAAACAAGUUCAGAAGCUCACGGUAGUCUUAACAAACCAUCCGCUACAAAAUGUAUUGGCGCAACCAGACACUUCAGGAAGGUUAGUGAAAUGGGCAGUCGAGUUGGGGGAAUAUGAUAUAGAGCAUCAAGCAAGGGCGGCAGAGAAGGCACAAGUAUUGGCAGACUUUGUGAUUGAGCUUUCAAGUGAACCUGAAUCAAGUCAAGAGAUAGGAAAGUGGAUAUUACAUGUGGACGGAUCUUCUAAUGCUAGCUUGGGGGGGGCAGGAAUAUUGAUUCAAGGAACUGCAGGAGUGGAAAUUGAGGUGGCGGCAAGGUUGUCCUUCCCGACGACUAAUAAUGAAGCUGAACACGAGGCUCUAAUAUUAGAACUAGAGCUAGCAAAUGUCAGGUUCAUCAAAUUCCCAGAUGCGAGAACGAUAGAGCAGAUUCUUUGUCGAAGUUUGGCUAUGCUUUCAGGAAUUCAAGAUCGCAAGAUCACGAUGAUGGUUAAGGAUAAAUCAGCGAUCACAAAGGAGGUGGAAGCGAAUGCAAUAAGGGAAUCAUCUGCAUGGAAAGACGGGAUAGUGGAGUAUUUGAGGGAUGGAGUUCUACCUAGCGACCCAUCGCGUGCGAGGCGACUAAAAAGUAAAGCAGCGUGCUUUACGCUAGUUGACACGCAGUUGUAUAAGCGAACAAUAGAGAGACCACUACUGAAGUGUUUAGAUGCUGACAGGACUGAAUAUGUCAUGACGGAGAUUCACGAAGAAAGCUAUGGGAAUCACUCGGGUGGGCAAUCUCUGGCUCAAAAGGUGAUAAGGCAAGGCUUCUUUUGGCCACCCUAG